AUGGCCGUCGGUCUGACGAACAGCCGCCACGCGGCAGACGAAGAAGCCCGCGCCGAGGUGGAUGUACUCAAUUCGCGACUGGAGAAGACAGCCCAAUUGACCAAGAAGAUACAAGCAUGCAUCGGCAGGCUGGAGACGACGGGGAAGAGCGUGCGCGACGUGUCUGCGCCCCUCAACGGCGAGACCAAGAGACUUCAGAUCCUCGGCAACAAUAUCGAUUCAGUCAUUGCGGCCAUUGAGCGCCUUCGCCAGCCGGCCGACUCCAAGAACGAUGAGGAACAGAUCAUUCGCCAAGGCCCUGACAAGGCCGGACUGUCCAACUAUCUCAACUCCAUCUCGAGACUGAGCAAGGCGCUUAGUAAUAUGGAAGUGGCCAAUCUACGGGCCAACCAGCAGACCAGGACGGACCUACAGAAAUUAAUCCAGAGUGGCAACAGCUCCCUCGAAAGCCAUUUCGAAAAAACCUUGAGGGCUGAGACUCCAAUGUCAGUUGAGCCUCUCAAUUUCACGACCAAGGGCAAGCCGUUUCCUGUCAUAUCGCAGGACACAAUUACCCGGCUAAGCUUGAUCAACUCCUACGUUGGCAGCAACGCUACGGCCGAAAAUCCGCUUGUCAAAAUAUACGCCGAUGUCCGCAACCCGUACCUCCAGAAGACGCUUGUGAACCUGGCAUUUGCCAGCGUCAACACGGCCAAAAAGACGGUACCCGGUGCCCUUUACAAGGCAGGCACCAAUGGCAUCGGUGAAUAUACCAAGGCCCUCGAAGGCAUGUGUGUCGCAGAACAUGAGAAUAUCUGCAGUAUUUUCAUGAGACAGGACUGGGGUAGCGUCCUGCAGGCCACAGUUCAAACGCCCAUGGCAGAACUCGCGCGUACGAUACGUGAGCUGAAUAACCAUAUCAAAGCACACAUCAGCACGGAUUGUUUCUUAGCUUACGAGGUUGUCGAGAUAAUGUCCAGUUUAGCCUCGAGCUUGGAGGAGCGUACUGGAGAGCUCAAGGGUACGCUCGCAGCUGCAUUAAAACCGGUCAGAGAGACGGCCAAGACAUCACUAGCCGAACUACUCGAGGAUACGAAACAGAAGGUGAACAUGCUGCAAAUGCUGCCAUCUGAUGGAGCUCCCAUCCCGGUCGUUUCCGCCACCAUGCAACGCUUGCAGACAAUGGUCGAAUUUCUGCGCCCCAUCUCCAAUAUAAUGAUAUCUUUAGGUGAUGGAGGCUGGAAGUCCACUGCAGCAGCAAGCCGUUCGACCGAUGUCAUACCAAGCCUUGCAUCAUUCGAUGUCGGAGCCGACGGCAAGGAGAUCUUUGCACACUACUGUACAGACACCAUUGAUGUCCUCAUGACUUCGCUUGAUACCAAGGCAAAAGUCUUGCUCAAGGGGAAGUCUGUUCAGGGUGUCUUCCUAGCCAACUCCGUCACAAUUAUCCAACGCAUGAUUAUGGAAUCUGGUCUGGCACCACUCCUGGAUGGCAAGCUUGGUGUACUGGAAACGUGGCGUAAGAAGGUAAAGGUUAUGUACAAUGAAGCUUGUAAGGAGCUAUCGUUGCAGCUCUUUGAUGUUAUUCACACCAAUCGAGCACAGCGACCUACCUCGGGCAACGCCGAUUCUGUCUCCGUACUCAAGAGUCUGAGCAGCAAGGACAAGGAGAACAUCAAGAACAAGUUCCUGAACUUCAAUGCCGGGUUUGAUGACUUGGUUCAGAAGCACAAGACCUACAGCAUGGAGCGGGAGGUUCGCAACAUGUUUGCCAAGGAUAUACAACAGGUGCUCGAGCCACUCUACAAUCGUUUCUGGGAUCGAUACCACGAAGUCGACAAGGGAAAGGGCAAAUACGUCAAAUACGACAAGUCCAGCAUCGCAGCAGUCUUCUUAUCGCUCUACUAG